AUGGAAAAACUUAUAGAUAUACAACAUAAAAAUAAUAAAAUUGAGACUGAUUACACUCAACAAUUAGUAAGUAAUGAUAUUAGUAUUAAAAAUGAGAUAGAAGACAACAAUGAAGAAGAAUUUACUGAUAUUGACAAAAAUAAACAUAAAAACCCAAAUGUUUGGACUGUUAGUGUUAAUGAAGAAACUAAUACAAUAAUUAAAACUGAAAAAGAUGAAACAGUAGUUAACGAUUGUAUGUUCAAAAGCGAAAUGGAAAUUGAAAUACUAAGAAGUAUAAAUAAAAAAAAAGCUCAUGUUAUCAAUCCAAUAGAAAAUUGUAACAAUCCUAAACCCACUGUUGGUGGAAGGAUACACAAUCUUGAAAAGGAAUACCAGUGCAACAUAUGUAAUAAGAGUUUUCAAAACAGAUACAAUUUAGAAGUUCACAAAUCACUUCAUGUAAAUAUCAAGAAGUUUAAUUGUAUAUCUUGCUGUGAGCAGUUUUUUGAAUUGAAUGGUCUUAAAAGCCAUUUGAUAUCUCAUAUAGACAAUAAUAUAAAAUUGUUUGAAAAUCAAUUUAUUCAAGAGUGUAAUGAUGUUGGUGAUUGUAACAGUAAUUUAUGUAAUAACAUUACUAUGCUUGAUGGAUUGAAGACAAGUCAUUCCGAAGGCGAAGAUCCAAUUCAAAAGAGAACAAUUAACAAAGUUCAGUUAGAGUUUUCAGUAGAAAUUGAAAAUAUUUUAUUAACCAAAGAGUGUAGUAUCAAUUCAAAUUUAACUGUUGGAAAUGCAGUUGAUUCUUGUGCCCCAGUAAAUCGUAAACAUAUUAGUUUGGAUGAAUCGAACGCUGCAAAUUCAGUUGGUCAAAUAGAAUAUAAAAAUGAUGAAAUGUAUAAUUGUGCAAAAUGCAGUUUACUAUUUCAUGAUCGUCCAAGUAUUAUAGAUCAUCUAAAACCUCGUAUCGAUCAAUGUAUCAACUGUUGCAAGUACAUUGGUAGUCCGAAUUCUUGUAAAUAUCCUGUUAGGUUCCAUCCAGGAACACCAUUUUAUUUUGAAUGUGAAGAAUGUUACAAUGGAUUUUAUACACUCAAGAGCUUUGAAAAAUAUUUAAGUGAUGAAGUGAUACGUAAUAAAAAAAAAGACAGACCAUACAAAUGUGAUGUUUGUCUAAAAACAUAUAUACAUUUAUAUCACUUUGCUGCUCAUCAACGAUUACAUAAAGGUGAGAGACCAUACCAGUGUAACAUUUGUAAUAAACGUUUUCACGCCAAAUUUAAUUUAGAAGCUCACAUGUUUUCACAUGAAAUUAUCAAGAGAUAUAAAUGCUCGCUGUGUUCAAAAAAGUUCCUUAAAUCAAAGUAUUACAAAAUCCAUAUGUUGUCUCAUGACUCAAACAUACAUAAAUGUAACAUGUGUGGAAAAGAAUUUGUAUCGUUGAAUUCUUUGCAGAAACAUCAGGAUCUCCAUUCUGGAUACAGACCAUACAAAUGUAUUGAAUGUGGCAAGUCAUUUUCAAUGAAUAAAUCUCUUACACAACAUUUAAAAAGGCAUGAAGGUUUAAAACCAUAUCAAUGUGCCAGACCAUUUGUGUGUGAUUUAUGUGGAAAAACGUAUCCAGCAAUUGUAUCUCUGAAUAGGCAUAAAAAAACAAAUCAUACAUGUGAUAUUUGUAAUAAAUUCUACAGUGACCCCAAAGAACUGAAGGUUCACAAGACUACUCACGAAGAAUUUAAACUGAGGCAGUAUGCGUGCAAAUUGUGUGACAAAGCAUUUAAAAAUCAACAAGCUUUGGAAAAACAUCAAUUAACUCAUCUAGUUGAAAAACCGUUCAAGUGUGACCUUUGUCCCAAGUCUUAUAUAAAUAUUACUGUUCUGACAGUUCAUAGAAGAAAUCAUACUGGUGAAAGACCAUAUAAAUGCGAACUAUGUAAUAAGACAUAUCCCCAAAUUAGUUCACUAACUCGACACAAAACCAUUGUACACAAUAAAUAA